AUGACUGAUUUUGUUUAUCAAGGAGAAGAUUUUGAUGAAAAAGUUAGAAAACAAGUUGAAUUCUAUUUUUCUGAUAGUAAUUUACAAACUGAUAAAUUUUUAUGGAAGAUUUAUGAAAGUAAUGAUGGAUGGGUUGAAUUGAAAACAAUUUUAACUUUUGGUAGAAUGAGACAAUAUAGACCAGAAGAUAAAGUCAUUUCUGCUUUAAAAGAACUGAAAAAAUUGGUGUUAUCAGCUAAUAAUGAUAUGAUUAGAAGAAAAGAUCCCAUUAAAGAUUUUAAUGAAGUUAAAAAUACCAGAAAAAGAAAUACCAUUCAUAUUGAGGGAUUCCCUAAAGAUUUAAGUCAAGAUGACGUUGAAAAUUGGGUUAAUGAAAAAGUUAUUGUUCAAUUACCUAAAGAAAAAGAAGUUUGUUCUAUUCGUAGAAUUAAGAGUAGAGCAAAGAAAGAAUUCUUUGGUGUUGUUGAUAUUGAAUUCAAAACUCAAGAAGAUGCCGAAUUCAUUUUAAACAAUGUUGAAUUGUCUUACCCAGAAGGUAUUAUUUCUAAAGAAGAUGCUCAAUCAUUAGAGAAAAAGGAUUUAUUGAAAAAAAUGACAUUAUUGACUUUCCAAGAAAUGAGAGAAAGUAGUAAAAGAUUUGGUGUUAAUGAAGUAACCAAAAGACGUAACAGUUUCAAUGAAAACCAUAAAGGUGGUAACAAAAAAUUUAAAAAGGGAAACAACAAUGGUAAAGGUAAGAAUAAUAAGAAUGAAAAUGAUAAUGGCAAUGGUACCGAAGAUAAAGAAACCAAACUUGAAAAAGUAGAAGAAAUAGAUUCAACUAAAGAAAAUACAGAAGAGGUUGCUGCCAAGGAAACAGCACCAGAAUCCACUGAAAAAACAGAAACUAAGGAAGCACCAGCACCAACUACUGAAACCGAAACUGAAACUAAAACUGAAGUUACUGAAGCCACUGAAGCUGCUAAAGAAGAAUAG